AAAUGUUUUGAGAACAGGCUAAUUCCUUACACUUUUUUUCUUUCUGUUUUAUAGUAGUUGCACUUAUUUCUCAAUUAGAAAAGCUAAAUAGUCUGUGUAUCUUUGCUUGAUAAAGUUUUUGGGGUUUCUCACAUUUUUACACACUAGCUGUGGACUUAAUGCUACCUCUUUACUAAGCAAAUAGGUUUAUAGAAUAAAUUAGUGCUUUCUGACCUAUAAUUACUGCUUUUCUAUUUUUUUGAUAGAUAUUAGAUUAGUUUACUUCCUAGUAACUUUUUAGUUUUUAUUUUUAAUUCCUUUCUAUUGUUUUGAAUUUCAAUAUACUAGCAGGGUGUUAUUUAUGAUAAAUUUUUCAUUGAUACAUUACGAUCCUUGAAACUCUUUUGUUCCCUUCUAAAAUCCCGAAAUCACACGAAUCAAUUCAAUAAUUCAAUGGCCGCAUUUCGCAUCUCAACCAGAAUCACAAAUCACCAUCGUCAUUUCUUAAACAAAAACUACAAUCACCACUACCGUUCAAUUUUCACCACGCUCCACCUUCAGAAUUCAUGGAUCAACAAGGUCAAAAACGUCUUCACACCCCAAAAACCCCAACAACCCCAACUAGACGCAUCUCAAAUCCCCUCCGGAUCAUUCACGCUACUCAAUUUCGCCGAUGAAAUGAAGAAAGCGAGAAAAAUUGGCGCAUUUAAAGAGUACAUGGUUGGAAGAAGCAGCGAAGUUACUUUCGCUACUGCGUUUGAGAAAUACGAAGCGAUUAUUCGAUAUCUCGCGGCUUUCGAUUAUACCGGAGAGAAUUUGAAGACUAGUCAUAAACAAGAAGCGGCGAAACAUUGUAAUUGCACGAUUGCUGAUGUGGAGAAUGCACUUGCGAAGUUUACUUGGGCUAAAGAAGCUCAGAAGAAGAUUCAGGAGUUGAACAAAGAAGGAAAACCAAUGCCGAAAAACAUUGCUGAACUCCAAAAGCUGGUCGGUACAAAUCCAUUGGAUCUUGCAAGGUCUAAUUUGGCUAAAAGUGGACAAGUUAGCAGGAAUGCCCCCUGUCCAUGUGGAUCGAAGAAGAGAUAUAAAAGGUGCUGUGGAAAGGAUUGAAAGAAUUGAGAGGCUAGAUAUUAAACUGCAAGGAAGCCUUGUCUGUUAUAGGUGCACAUAUAUGCCUGAAUGGAUCUAGACUCGUGCUCAGUUUUAUUUGGUUCAGAUCAAGCCGUCAAAUGCACUAGACUGCGGAAUCGCUCACAAUAAUCAAAUGUCAGGAUGAGAUAUUUUGCCAAAUAGUUGCUUGAGUUUGUUAGUCUGCAAUUUUUGGGAUGUACUUAGGCAGAACUAAAGAGAAUCUUUUUGUUCAGCUGAAGAGAGUAAGAACAAAAUUGUUUGGCAGAAAUUAGUUUUAUGCUCUGUCCUCGAUCCUGUGUAAUAUUGUCUUGAAAAUUAACAUAUUUCAAUUUCAACUCACUUGUUUACGAUUUUCGAAUAAAAAUUGAGGAAAAUUGAUCUCA